UAGUUUUUGUGUAGUUAAGGUCCAAAAAGGCCAUAAAGCUAGAAAGGGGGCUAACAAAAAGAAAUGAAAGGGUAGGAAAAAAAAUGAAAAAAUUGGGGUCCUCCAGAAUCCAUGAGAGAUGGAACUCUCUUUCAGUUGCAGAACCAGACAAUCAUUUGAUCGCCUCUGUUGUCCUGUUGUCAGUUACCAGAACCUAGACCAUAUCGAAACCUCAAAAGCGGACUGACUUUCUUGCAUUUUUCUAUGUAACGUACGGAACCAUCUCUUAACCUCGUGUCUUUGCGGAAGAUUUUCUUCUACUCGUUGUCCUUUCACACCACUGCAGCCCGCAUAAAAAAUUUCCGAUUCACCAGGGAAAAGGGAAAAAGAAGAAUUUGAGAAGGGGCAAGGAAGAUGCAGGGAUGGGGAAGAGAAGACUAAGAAAUUGAAGAACCGAAAACGUUGAACUAUUCUAUGAUAAGCAAACAGAAUGGAUAAGCAAGAUCAUAGCCAGCCGCAGGUCAGUGGCAUAGUUGGUGGCAUGCCUCAGCUUUCGUAUGCCACGAAUGUGUACACUGGAAAUCCUGGUCAGGGAUCAUUGGUGACAUCAGUUGUAGCCAGCCAGCCUACUGGUCAAACAACAGGAGUUCAGAUUGGAGAACAACGUGCAUACCAGCAGAUACACCAGCAGCAGCAACAGGAAUUGGAGCAACAACUUCAGUCCUUCUGGGUAAAUCAGCGCCAAGAGAUUGAUAGGCUUACUGAAUUUAAGAAUCAUAGUCUUCCCUUGGCAAGGAUUAAGAAGAUCAUGAAGGCUGAUGAAGAUGUAAGAAUGAUAUCUGCUGAGGCACCAAUUGUCUUUGCCAGGGCCUGUGAGAUGUUCAUCUUGGAACUGACUUUGCGUGCUUGGAAUCACACUGAAGAAAACAAAAGGAGGACGCUUCAAAAGAAUGAUAUUGCUGCAGCAAUUGCAAGAACUGAUGUAUUUGACUUUUUGGUUGAUAUAAUACCAAGGGAAGAUCUGAAAGAUGAAGCGCUCCUAGCAGUGCCUAGAAAUGCAAUGCCGUUAGGGGAAUCUUCUGGUUCUCUGCCUUAUUAUUAUAUGCAACCACAGCAGAUGGCACCGGCAAGGCCUCCUGCUCCUGGACUGCCCAUGAACACGCCUGCUAUUGAUCCUACUCUGUAUGGACAGCAGCCUCACCCCUACAUGGCUCCACAUUUAUGGUCAGAGGCGACCGCACCACAGCAGCCUCAAUCACCUUCUGACUCUUAGUCAGUAAAUAGAAUUAUCAUGGAUUGAUGGAAGUACGAUUUGUUACUUAUAGGUUCUCUACUUGCAAUCUAAAGCUCUGUUUCCAACUUGCACUGCCAGCUGAAAAUGGGUCUCGCACUCUGUAUUCAUGGUUUGCUUCAGAUUUUGGCUCCUGCUUAUUCCCCAUUAGGCCUUAUAUUCUGCUUUACAGCAAUCACCGAGGCAAACCUUGUCAAACAAGAAGGAUCAGAAUUCUGAGGGUGGUCAGAAAAGCAACUUGGGAUGUCUAAAUUCGUUAUGUGCAUAUGAUGUUGGGGAGCUUAUGUAUUUUGUUUAUCCCAUUUGAACUUUACUACCAUAUAGCUUGUUUUUCCUGAUGUGCAUUAUUUUAUGUAUGUAAUAACUAUAUAUAAAAUUUAGAUGCGUUUUUUGAACAUCCAGCGCUUGUUGCGUAGAUGCUAUGAUACAAAGUGUAAUGAUGAUAUUGCAUUUCUUGAGGUGUUUGGGAAU